CACAAAUUUGUCAAAUUUACACGCUAGAGAAAAAGAGAGAGAAAGUACACAGAAGCUUCGAUACAGUGAUUCGUUGAGUCUUUGGGGUUAAUCUCAAUUCUGGAGAAAUAAAGCUUCCCACUUUACUCCGACGAAAGAUCAUUACUUUAAUAAAUCUCCUAACAGUUUCAGAGCGCAUUGAUGGAUUCGGCGUAUCUGGAUAGAGCUUGGGACAAAUGGGUCACGGCUAACGUCGGCUCUUCAGGAAGUAGUCCAUUGAAAGCUGCUGUUUUGCUUAACUACGACCCUACAGGACCUUCCCGUCUCUUAUCUACAAUAGCUGAGCAAGAAGGGAUUGAUCUCUAUCCAGUUGAGCUGAAGCAGUUUAUCGAUUUCAUGAGACGUGGCAAUCUUCCGACCGAGACCUUUGUUCUUGGAUCCAACCAGUAUAUAAUAACAUCAAUUCACGAGAAUUGGUUUGCUGCUCGGUGCUUGAACACAACUCAGCCUUCUGGUGAAGGAGCUAUUGUUAUGCAGACUGCUGUUUAUGUUUUGGUUGCUUUGUAUGAUGGAUCGAUUGGUUCAGCUUCUCGAGCUAUGGCUGCGGCUGAUCAGUUUGCGUCGCAGUUGAGUAGGAAAAACUUAUAGCUUCAUCAUUUUUGGAAGAUCAUUGAAAAAGUUAUUAUGUGUGUGAACUAGCAAACUUUGAGUAUGCUUUGAGAAGUGUUGAGAUGAAUGUUUUUUUCAUUUAUGGUUAGAGAAGUCAGAAAUCAGUUGGUAUAGCAAAGCCGAUGCUUAUGGGUCAGAGAAUCUCAGCAUACAUUCGGUCCUGGGAUAAUUAGGAGUUGGCCCUUUGUUUGUAAUCUCUGAAACUCUUCCAAGUUCAUGAAUCUUGAAAAACUAGUCUUUGUCUUGUUGAAUUUUUGAUAUCAGACAGCUUCAAAUUUCAUGUUUGAGUCAUCAGUGUUGUUCAAGUAAUGGGGUCAUGUUUGCAAAUGUUUCCUCUGAAUAGCGGAUACACCCUGCAAUUACCAUUUAGGAGCAAGUUUUAUAAGACAGGGGAUUGCUGGUGUAUUUCAUAAAGAACCAUAAGAAGAUUAAAUAGCUAAAAACAGUCAACAUGAUAAGGUGAAGUAACUUUAUUGCUGAGAUGGUGGAAAAACGAAUGUGAAAUCAGAGAAUGAAGGCAGUUACUUUUAUUUAUAAUGGGUUAUCAUGUAUCAAAACACCAAAAGAAGGAUAAAUUAGAUUGGAUUGUAGAUAUGGAAUUGUUUGUUUCCAUACAGAAUAUAGAGGUUUGGGGUUGAGCUUGAAAGUGAAACUUCAGGGCCUGACAACAAAAGGCUUGAAUCACAUGAUGCUUUCUUGUUUGUUUGCUUGUAAAAGAUCAAACACUUUUAAGAUCAUCUAUGCUACAUCCUUUAAUACAGAGCAUACUAGUUCCAAAGUUGUACAUUUUUUGGGCCAGACACAACUUAUUAGAA